GAAAAAUACAUCUUUAAGUAGGGUAAAAAUGAUGGUUUGUUUUUUAAGGGUAAAAAUGAUGGUUAAUAAUAAAGAUAUGGUAGCUAAUACUCAACCACGAUAAAAGAACAGUGGUAACUUCAUCAUGGCUAAAAGUAAAAAUGGUGGAUAAUAAUUAUUAUUAGCAACGGUUUUCCCAUAUGAUGGUUAAUAGCACUUGCUAUGGCAAAAAGGGGUCGGUCAAGACUGGGUGGGUUUAGUCAGUGGUGGCCUGUCCAUUGCUCAUUCUUUUUUCUUAUAAAUGGAUGCAGAGCAUCUGAGCUUUCAUUCACCACAAAACGCAACUCAGAAAGACCUUGACAGUCAUACAGUAGAUGAUAGUUCAGACGCGGAUCGGAAACUGAAAAAGCAUGAAAACCCAAAGGUAAAUAGUGACCCUGACUCGCCAAGAAAUCAACACAUUUCCCCCUCUCUGUAGAUAUGGGAAACCAAAACCUCCCAUUGACGCCCAAGGAGGGCCUGAAAACGGUCUAUGAUAGCCGCCUGUUGGUGGCCUGCGUGAGCACUGUUCUGUAGAAGUUGCACAACACACUAGGAGUCCAUUUCCACUCAAACACGACGGCCUAUGUCCCAAACCAGUUGAAGUCCAUCUACCACGCCUCUCAAUUCAGCUCGGGUGAUGGAACAAAUCCCCAAGUUCAAAGCGAAUGUUGCAAGACAGCAUCCUUUGUGAUCUCGAAUCAGGCCGCCCGCAGCUACUUGGCCUAAUGUGGUAAGGACGGAACAGUCAUAAUUGAGAGUCACCCAGUCUUAGACCUGGAAAAUUACAAUCCGAUCCGUUGACCCGACCUGAAAUCGCCCAAAAAAUAGGAAUUUUUGUAACCCAAAAUCCGAAUGACUCGAACCCGAUAACCCAUGAUUUUUUGGGUUGGGUUGGGUGAGUUAGCGGGUCUGCCCGUUAGACCCGUUCCAUUUUACAUAUCACUUCCAAAAUGAUAAAAUCACUCAUAAAUUGGUGAGAUGUUAAAAAAAAAUUACAAGGAUUUGAAUGACAUGUUUGGAGUUUAAGGAUAAUCAAAUAUCAUGUGUUUCUUGUAGUAGUAUUACUCUUGUGAUUUUUUUUGCCGAUUUGCGCAAUUUGUAUUUCAUUUCAUUAGCGUGGGAGGAUUUGAGAAUAUGUUAAUUGACAUGUGUUAGGUAAACUAUUGUCAUGCAUAUGUGAAAAUUUGUGUUCUAUAAGAAAAUAUUAAGCAUGUUGAUAUUGUUUCUGAGAACGCUCAUAACCCGAAAUGACUUGUAACCCGACCCGAAACCGAAUGGGUUGGGUCAAUAUUUGACCCGAAAUCAGCCAAGCAAACAUGACCCGACCCGUAACCGAAGUUCACUACCCGAAAUUACCCAACCCGACCGAUUGCCAGGUCUACCCACUCUGGAGGGGGCGGUUGCCACGAGAUCCCCACCUCUGUUCUAAUGGGCAGACUAGGCAUGUGGACGAGCCUGUCUUUGUCCAUGGCACUCUGCACUACAUUAACCCAUGCUAGGACGUGUUGUACAAAGACUUCACUGGUAAUGACCUUGCCUGCAAAGACACAGUCAUUCCUUGCCCUCCAAAGGGACCAACAAAGGAUCCCAUGUUGCUGGUCACUGAGGAAUUUUAGAAUCCAUUGCUGAGUCGUAUUGUCGAAGAAGCAAUGUUGAUUAGAAAGCUGAGGGAGCUUGCUCCAAGUUAAAUGGGAAAAAGGGUAGUCCCGCAACACAUGCAAGACUGUCUCUGGACCUUCGUUGCAGAGGGGGCAAUGCGGAGAGCUAGUAAGAUGUCGCUGCGUCCUUUCCUGGUUGGUGAGCAGACGUCCGCGAACCGCCACCAUAGGAAAAGAUUCUCCGGAGCUGGGCCACGCCAAUGCCAUACUCACCGCCAGUCCACGUUCGACUACAUGUCCUCACAUGAAGCUGCUAUGGCGUAGGCUGACUUAACGCGGAAACUCACAUCCGGUUCUGGUGCCCACGUUUCUAUGUCGACUCCCGAGCCUGGUAGGGGGGGCUGGAUACCUUGAACUUACAAAACCACAUCCUCAUGCAGCAUAGAACAAAGUAGAGUCAGGUUCCACUCACCGGUAACAGUGCCGAAAUCCUCAACCAGCAGGGAAGGAUCAACCGGUGGACCAUCUUCUCACGCAUAGUCCAGGAGGAGAUCCCCAGAGUUAACCCACCGAUCGGUCUAGAAACGAGUAUCACAACCAUCCUUGAUACUCAUGCGCAUACCCAUGGCCAUGAUGGGCCAUGCACGUCUCAUGCUCCGCCAGACGUUGGAGAUGCGAUUAGAGUUCUUCACCACCAUGCCAUCUGAAGUUUGCCUGAAAUACUUAUCCUUCAAGACACGUACCCAAAGAUCAUCUGGUUCCUUAAUAAAAGACCAAGCCAAUUUAGCUUAAAAAAAAGCAAGAUUCAACUCAUGGGCACUCCGCAGCCCCAAACCUCCUUCCUCUUUAGGCCGGCAAAGGGCUGCCUAGUGAACCUGAUGUAGCUGCUCCCUCCGUUGAGCCCCAAAUGAAGCUUUGGAUUUUCUUGUAAAUUUGAUCACAAAUCGUCUGGGACAGAAGGGUGGUUUGCAUGGCAUACGUGGGCAGACAGUUCAGCACCGAGACCGCCAAAGUAACCCUCCCCGCCAGGCUAAGAGAGCGAGCUUUCCACCAUGAAAGUUUGUUAGCUAGACGGUCCAAGACAUAGCUAUAUGUUACCUUUGUGACCUUACCAUGAAGAACUGGUACUCCAAGAUAACGAACCAGAUCAUGCAUCAUCGGAAUCACAAACCCUCGAGCAAUGGCAACGCUGUCUGAUCGAUUGGUGUUCCCUGAAAAAUAAACUAUAGAAUUCUCCUUGCUAACCUGCUUACCACAGGCUAGACAAAAUCGAUCUAAGCGGUCCAAUAAGACCACCCCUUGCUCCUCACUAGCCUCUGCGAGCAAUAUAAGAUCCUCAGCAAAAAACAAGUGCGAGAGCGGAGGACCACCUGGAGAUGUACGGAUUGGUCUCCACUUCUUUCAUUGGACCGCUAGCUCAAUAGUAUGACUCAACCGUUCCAUGCACAUAGUGAAAAUGUACGGCGAUAGGGGAAAGCCUUGGCGAAGACCUCGAGCUAGAGUAAAACGGGUUGUUCAUGUUCCCGUUAUAAAGGACCUGCAUCGUUCGGGUCGUGACACAGUGCAUAAUCAAGUCAACAAACUUCUCUUCUCUAACUUCUCCUUGACGAAAUUCCAGCUUAGGCGAUCAUAAGCUUUAUCUAAAUAGAUCUUGAUCACCAUC